AUGAUAUCUCAACGCAUCUGCUGGCUUGGGGCCACUCUGCUGGCUUCAUGCUCUCAGCUCGUGAGCGCCCAGUUGCCUGCAGACGCCAUCGAGCUCGAUCUUGUUUUCCCUCGCAACGAUGGAAAGUACGGCGAAACCAGCAACGGCUAUCCCGUUCUCCUGAAUGUCCAGAACCCCGACGUUGCCUACAAAUAUGGCUAUAACUUUGUCUGGGACAUUUACUCAAGGAACAAGAACUCUUACUUGCGCACAGCUGCGCACGGCGUCAUGGGCGCCUCUAUCGGCAACGAAAGCACCUUCGGCAAUGGCCCGUAUCUGGAGGUUGGAAGGACUGGUCAUCUUGCUGCCGGCGACUACACCUUUGCCUGGGUCUUUGGCAUGGGCGCGCAAUGCGAGUUCACCGAGCAGCCUGAUUAUAGCGAGUACAAUCUCAACCCUCGCAUCGCCAACGGCAGCUUCAACUUUGUCGUCGAGAGUAACGGAAAGGAGCCGACCUUCACCAAAACCUGCCCGACCGCCAUUGGUAGCAUGAGCUAUGCCUCCACGACUACGUACAACUCCGAGGCCACAAGCGUCUGUGGUGUCACUGCAUCCGUCACGCACGACGCCCAACCCUGUUCUGCUACCGUCAGCGACGACCAGGCGACGAGCGUUUACAGUGCGCUUGGAUACGCUGCCGCCACCGGAUCUUCCAAAGGAGCCGCAUCUCACAAUUCCCGACAAUCUGCGUCUCUCGCACUCUUUGCUGGUGUUCUUGCAGCAGUGGCAUUCUUGGCAUAA